GAGAAACUACUUCUUAAAAAAACAAUGGAAGAAGAACAUCAACAUCAUCAACAUCAUGAUGAUGAUGAUGAUGUAAACCAUACCCAUGAUGAUGAUGAUCAUGGUCAUGAUCAUGAUGAUUAUCAUGAUCAAGAAGAAAAAUCAGGAGUAGGAGGGUCAAGAUGGAAUCCAACAAAAGAGCAAAUAGAGAUAUUAGAGAAGAUGUAUACUGAAGGUGUACGAACACCAAGUGCAGAACAAAUACAGCAGAUUACUUCUCGUCUUAGAGUGUAUGGUUAUAUUGAAGGCAAAAAUGUUUUUUAUUGGUUUCAAAAUCAUAAAGCAAGACAACGUCAGAAACAAAGACAUGAAAGAUUAGUUGCUGCUUUUUCUUCUGCUAAUCAUAGUGUUAAUCGUUUUAUUGGUCAUCCACCUCAGCAUCAUUAUCUUCCUAAUAAUGGUAUUAAUGGUCUUAAUCUUAAUUCUAGACCCAUUUUUCCUUCUACUCAUCCAACUUACCACCAUCAUUAUCUUCCUAAUCCAAAUGUUAUAUGCAGCCCAUAUUAUCAUUUACCACAAGCCAACCUUGGAUUUUAUAAUCCACCACAGCAUCAUUACAGUGCACCUGCAGUUGAUCAUGAUCAAAACAUGAAGAUCAAGAGAUCAUCAUCAUCAUCAUCAAAACCUAACAUUGGCAAGCAAGGAACAAAUCAGAAUAUGACACGUGGUUCUCAUGGUGUUGGGGUCCCACUAGGUUCAACACUAAGUGGUUACUGUGCUGCUAUGAUGAACUCAAAAUCAUCAUCAUCAUCAUCAUCAUUAGGUGAUCAUCAAUUACACCAUGAUUAUCAAAAGAUCAAUUGCAUGGGGAUGAAAACACUGAAUCUUUUCCCUGUGCAUCCAACUGGAAUUUUGGAGCAUAAAUUUGGUGGAAAUAGUACAAAUAAUUCAGCUGCAAAUUCUUGUGCUACAAGUUCUUCUUCUGAUACAAAUAUUAAUGAUAAUAAUGGAGAUCAUCAACACCAACAACAACAACACUUUUUUGAUUUCUUUUCUAGUGAGAGUCGUUGAUGAUUGAAUUAAUUAACAACUUUGUUAAUUAGCUAACUUAAUUUUAUUGGGAUUGUGCAUGGUAUUGGUAUACUUCAUUAGAGAGGAUCAUAUUAAUUGGUUUUAGAGGGGUUAUUUUUGGACUUGCUACAAAAGCAUGUGAUAAUAUAAUUUUGCUUAAUGAUUU